AUGGCAUCGUCAAGCAGGAAGGACUACAUGCAGACUCCCCAGGUCGACGAUGAGGACGACCUAAUAGAUCCGGAUGAGGCCGAUCUCAACGACUUUGACGACCCCCUCGGAAACCAGCAAUCCCGAACGCCGCUGACUGGCAACAUCGGCUCCUCCUCCGCCUCGUCGUCACGGCCCAUCAACGAGAACUACCUCACGUCGCGCGUGCCCGGCGAGGACCGCACGGCGCCCGUCAACACCAUCGACGAGUCGGUCUGGGACACGCUGCGGCGCGACCUGCUGGCCGUCUGGUCCAAGAUGCGCGAGGUGCUGUACCCGCGCUACCUCUUCGGCGGCACCAUGUUCGAGUCGGAGGACGGCCUGCGCGGCGCCUACGCCAACCUGCGCAGCGCCGGCCUGUCGGGCACGCGCGAGGAGCUGACGGGCCUCGCGAGCCGCGUCAUGGACGCCGAGUCGCUGCUCAACCAGAGCAACAUGACGCCCGGCCUGCGGGACUGGGACCUCUGGGGCCCGCUCAUCUUCUGCCUGCUGCUGAGCCUGCUGCUGAGCCUCAACGCGCUGCCCGACCAGCGGGAGAUACGGUUCAGCGGCGUGUUCGCCAUGGUCUGGAUCGGCGAGGCCGUCGUCACGCUGCAGAUCAAGCUGCUGGGAGGCAAUAUUUCCUUCGCCCAGAGCGUCUGCAUCAUUGGCUACACGCUGUUCCCUCUCGUCCUCGCUGCUAUGAUGUCAGCUCUCCACCUCCCCCAGAUCGCGAGGAUCCCCGUCUACCUGGUCUUGGUAGCCUGGUCUCUGGCUGCUGGCGUCAGCAUCCUUGGAGGCAGCGGCGUGGUCAAGAACAGGGUGGGGAUUGCAGUCUACCCCCUAUUCGUCUUCUACCUGGGCCUGGGCUGCUUGUGCUUUAUCAGCUAG